CUAUUGACGUCACUUUCGUGAUGGAUCUUUGAAUAUCUUUUCCUUUGCCCUCAGCGAUGACGUCCUUUCUCAAAUACCGUACUAGACACAGAACCAUCCCAGAUCAUUACACUGCUUGAAACAUAAGUUGGAAGAGGACUGCAGGAGAGAAAACUUCAGUGACACCGCCAACUACUUGUACUAAGGAAAGCUCAUCGAGAUGAGUUCCUUUCUACACGGCCCGGUCAUCCUCACGGCCCUCAGCACAUUAGGCGCAGGAUUGUUUCAUUUAAGGAAGGAUGUUCCGAAUUCAAAUGUCUCGCCCGCUGUCCUUGGAUCGAGACGAUCCAAGUCCCAGCACACUGCUACGAAAACUGUCAGUAGGGGUGCUGUGAUUGAUCUUUCGGUUUAUACCGAAGACGCGCAAAAGGACUUUAUCCCGUCCUUGCCUGGUCUGGAUUAUGAUCCAGGAUUCAAGCAGUUUGCCGGAUAUCUGACUGUCGACGAAGCCCAUGGACGCCGUAUUUUCUAUUGGUAUGUCGAGUCCCAAUCGAAUCCAAGUGACGACCCCGUCGUGCUUUGGACCAAUGGAGGCCCGGGUUGCUCUGGCUUUGUUGGAUUCGGGACGGAGCACGGGCCUUACUUUAUCUCGCAAAAUGGGACACUCAGUCCUAAUAAAUACUCGUGGAAUAAACUGGCUUCCAUUCUUUACAUUGAACAGCCAUCUGGGGUGGGCUUUUCCUAUUCCGACACUAAAGCCGAUUACAAAACAGGCGACAAGCAAGCUGCAAGUGACAACUAUGAACUUAUUCGUCAGUUCUUGGAGCGCUUCUCAGAACGAAAAUCGAAUCAAUUCUACAUUUCUUCCGAAUCCUAUGGUGGACACUACAUGCCUCAGCUGACCAUGGAAAUCAUCAACCGCGACACAGCUAAGGAGAUCAACUUUCAAGGCAUGCUUGUAGGAAAUCCCUAUGUGGAUCCUUUCUCGAACACAGUCACUCAAAUCAAUGCAUUUUAUUCCCACGGACUGCUCGCAAAGCCUCUCUUUGAUCAGUGGGCUACAUCGUGCACUCUACCUGAUAGCUUUGAUACGCAGGAGUGUCAAAAACUGGAAGAGAAAAUGUUCAAAGAGCUCUACGGCAAGAUCAAUCCGUACGCUUUGGAUUACCCAGUCUGUGUGCCUGAGGCCGCAAAGACAUCACGACGACGGUUGGAUUCCGAAACUUCGUCACAGGCUCAAAAACUCUUGAACUACUCCACGGCUGGGGGUCCCCCGUUUCUUCCGACGGAGGAUCAUUACAGGCCGUGUUCAGAGCAACACCUGAAUUCAUACCUGAAUAGGCCUGAUGUACAAGAGGCACUUCACGUGAGCCACCAGGUCGAGAAAUGGUAUGAGUGCUCGAGGAUCGUAGACUACAACAGUCGCGACUUCUCAUCUUCUAUCAUAGACCAAUACAAGGAGGUGGUACAAGCUGCAAUUGAUCACGACUUGCAGGUCUUUGUCUUUUCUGGUGAUGACGAUAGUGUCUGUUCCACAGCAGGAACUCAGUAUUGGAUUUGGGACUUGGGUUGGACGGCACCACCAGAAAAAUUGUGGCAGAGUUGGGAAGUCGAGAAAGAAGUCGCGGGAUACGCUACUGAGUUUGAUCUUGGCGCCUCGACAAAGGGGAAGUUUACGUUUGUAACUGUUCACGGGGCUGGCCAUGAGGUGCCUGCAUACAGGCCGAUGGAAGCAUUUGAGAUGCUACGCAAGGUCUUGGAUCAUGAAUGGUGAAGCUGCUGCAUCUUUAGAAAAAUACAUGCGACAAAGGGGGCAACUCGCUCCUACCCGUAUCGGCAAUGCUACUACUGCGAGGUACCCAAAACGGGGACACUCGGAUGGAAGAGGAUUUGACAAAGAAACGAAACAAUUUACUAUGUUAGAUUGCAAGGUACCGAACCGGUGAUCGGGGGACAAUGCAAUCUUUUUUGUGAGGAGCUACAGUACAGCGGCGUGAUCGUCUUUCUGCUACAGUCGUAUCGGUCCACCCUUUCUUUUCGUGUUGUGGCAUAGAAUCCCCUGCCAACUCAAGGGCUCGACUUGGUUGAGCCUUCAAACUUAUUUCUUUCCCUCGGGCGAGGGCUCGGCGGUGGUACCCACAUCGUUGUCGGUUUUAUGGAGCUCGGCGGUUGUAACCGCAUCGUUGUCGGUUGAAGCCGCAUUUGUUUUGGGCUCGGCGGUUGUAGCGCAUCGUUGUCGGUUGAAGCCACAUCGUUUGUUUUGGGCUCGGCGGUUGU